UGACCACAAACAAGAAAUGUAUAUAAAAAUAGUGUGGUGAGCAGGAAGAGGAACUGCUUGAGCCGCUACAGACACAGUACCAACUUCACAGAGGAGCAGGAUGCAAGAAACCCUCACACUUCAUUCAACAUCAGAACAAAUCUAACAUGAGCUGCUUUUUUAUUUUUAUUCUCAUCAUUUCUGUUGAUGCCAUUCAGUCAUGGAGGUACUUUAGUCUUAAACCUGGAUCAUCUGUCACCAUCCCAUGUCGUUAUAAUAGGGAAUAUAUACGACAUAAGAAAUACUGGUGCUCUGGUUAUUAUUUCAGUUCCUGCACAAUUCAAGCAUAUGCCAGUUAUACAAAGGGGAGAGUGAGAGUGACUGAUACCCCAGCUGAGAGUUUCUUCACUGUGACUCUGGAUAAUCUCCAGACAAAAGACACUGGAUGGUACUGGUGUGGUGUAGAGAUAGCUGGAUCAGAUGUUAGCGAAGCCCUUCAUAUCACAGUGAAAUCAGAUCCUGAUCUGUCAGUGAGGGAGAGCAGAGUGAGAGGUGAGGAAGGAGGCAGCGUCACAGUCCAGUGUCUCUACAGCACUCAGUAUCAGAAUACACAGAAGCAGUGGUGCAGAUUCAAAGACAGGAAGUGCUGGACAUUUACAAAGACUAAAACAUCCCAGAAUUCAGCAGUGCACAUCAGUGAUAAUAAGAAUAGAUCCUUCAAUGUGCAGCUUAAUGGAGUGAAGAAGAGUGAUGCUGGCUGGUACUGGUGCAGUGCAGGAGAUCUGCAGGUUCCUGUUCACAUCAAUGUCACUGAUCCACCUCCAGUGACUACAACAGUGACUACAACAGUGACUACAACAGUGACUACAACCACUCACCAAGUCAGUACUUACAUAUCUAUCUCGAAGCACAAUUCAGCAGCGUCUGUGAAUUCAGUCCCCAGCAGUGAUGAAACCAUUGGGAGUGGGACCCUGAUCCAUUGGUACCUGCUGGCCCUUCUUUUGCCACUGGUGAUACUGGUCAUCAUCAUCUGCAUGCUCAGAAAGAAAUGCAAAGCAGAGAAUCAAACCAGGACCAGAGAGAGGAGCAAUGACACCACUGUUCCCACACCCAAUUUUACAGAUGAACACUCCAUUAUAUACACCACUGUGGCUGUUUCUAAGCCAAGGAGUAAGAAAAAGCCCACUUGUACAUCUGAAGACUCCAUUAUAUACAGCACUGUGGCUACAGGUAAAUCAAAGUCUUUAAAAGUUAAUGAGCAGGAUGUGACCUACAGCUCUAUAAACACUGCUUCUAAAAAUAAAACUGUGUCUCCAAAUGAUGUCGCUAAUGAGACCCGCUACAGCUAUGAGGUUUACCAGUAAGAGAGGUUGAUUUACUGUUUGGAUGGAAGGAAACUGUGUAUGGUGCCUCAGGGAUCUCUACUGGGUCUCGUGUUCAUCCUCAACAUCUUUACAGACAAAAUCCCAAUCAGGACAAGGACAACAUUCCCCACACUCACACCACAGACUUACAUCACAGUCACAUGACCCUCAGUCAUCCAGAAAAGACCAGUUUCCUCACUGUAGCUAUCAGAUUUCUCUCAUUCACUCCUGUACUUUAAUUUCUUUAGUCUUUUGCUUGACUUGGGAAAUCUGAACUGUAUUUAUAGUGUUUUUCAUAUAUUAUAUUAUAU